AGCAAAUUUACCUAGUUCUUAAAGAAAAUUUGAUUAAUUAUUGCAGUUGUUUUGCAGCAAAGAUGAAGUGGAACUUAAUCCUAGCAAUUCUUCAACUUGUAUUAUUCUUUGCUAAUGCUUGUGUAAAUCCUGAUUUAAAUCCAUUACAACAUAAAGGAGAUAUACUCGCUGAGGUGCAGAAUACAUCCGUAAUUUUGGAAUAUAAUACCAUCGAUGAAGAAUCUAAUUUGCGAACAUCUCUUUACAUUAGUGACUCUGAUAAUACAUCUCCGGCACAACAUGAAAUUGAAAGUUGUGGAGAAAAUAAAAUUUGUAUCAGAAAAGGAAAUGUAAAACACACAGAAAUAGACAAGUCAAAUGGUUUAAUCAAAGUUUCUCACAGUAUAAAUGAUUCUAAAGGAAAAAUAAUUUUAUGCAUAGAAUUAAAGGACGGAGUACAAUGGUUUGGAGGACCACAAAUGCGUUAUCAACAUUGGCCUAUUCAAAAAAUGUACUUUGAUGAAGAACCUUAUCUUCCAACUCAUCAAACAAAUAUGGCAAUAGCAGAACGCUAUUGGCUGUCUAGUGAAGGAAACUAUUUUUAUGUUGAUGACUCAGUUCCUCUCUUUUUGGAUCAAAAUAAUUACAAAGAAAAUCAUCUUUGUCUCAUAGCUCAGAAUGGAAAUCCUUAUUCAUCUCGAAAUACCAUUAAUCUUCAAUAUGAAAUUGGAACCAUGAUUGGUAAUCCUAGACUCGCCCACGAAUUAGUGAUAAAAAAUCAUUUAGGGAAACCAACCAAAAUUCCAGACGAAAGAAUGAUAAAAUAUCCUAUUUGGUCGACUUGGGCCAAAUAUAAAGUUAAUAUUGAUGAGAAAACUGUUGAUGAAUAUUCUAAGGAAAUUGUCAGUAAUGGUUUUGAAAACAGUCAGUUAGAAAUUGAUGAUAAUUGGGAAAGUUGCUAUGGUUCUGCAGAAUUUAAUACAACAAAAUUUACAAGUAUUACAAGUUUAAUUAAAACUUUAAAAGAAAGAGGUUUUAGAACGACUCUUUGGAUUCAUCCUUUUAUCAAUGAAAAUUGCAAUUCAGCAUAUAAUGAAGCAAAAGAUAAGGAAUAUUUCGUGAAGAAUACCGAUAAUAAUAUUGCUAUGACUUGGUGGCAAGGUACCAAAGCAGCAGUUAUAGACUUUACAAACGCAAAUGCAGUAACUUGGUGGGUUGAUAGAUUAAAAAAAUUACAAAAUGAUGGAAUAGACAGUUUUAAAUUUGACGCUGGAGAAGUUUCCUGGCUACCUCAACCAGCAGUAUUAACAGGAGAAAGUGAACUCAGUCCAGGAAUUUUUACACAAAAGUAUGUAACUACUUUAGCCAAAAAUUUCAACAAUAUGACUGAGGCACGUGUUGGUUGGAAAACACAAAAUCUUCCAAUUUUCAUAAGAAUGAUCGACAAGGACAGCAAAUGGACCAGAAAUAAUGGCCUUCCAACUUUAAUAACAACUCUUUUACAAAUGAAUUUAAAUGGAUACGUCUUCGUACUUCCUGAUAUGAUUGGAGGUAAUGGAUAUGUUGGUAAUUCUUUUGAAGAAACUGAAUUACCAUCUCAAGAAUUAUUUAUCAGAUGGCUUCAAGCCAAUGUCUUUAUGCCGUCUCUUCAAUUUUCUUUUGUUCCCUGGCAGUAUGACGCGCAAACGGUAGAAAUCAGUAAAAACAUGACGAAACUACAUGAAAAAAUUACACCACGAAUUAAAAUAGCAAUGCAAAAUGCCGUAGAUACUGGUGCACCAGUAAAUCCACCAAUUUGGUGGAUCGAUCCUAAAAACAAAGAAGCUCAUAAAAUUAAUGAUGAAUUUCUUCUUGGAGAAGAUAUCUUAGUAGCACCUGUCAUUGAAGAAGGUGCAGUUUCAAGAGAUAUUUAUCUUCCAGCUGGAGCUUGGAGAGACGGUAAUACAGAUGGAGUUUAUUUCGGACCAAAAUGGAUAAAAAACUAUCCAGCGCCUAUUAAUAUACUGCCGUAUUUUUAUAAAUUUUAAUUUUUUUAUAUUAAUUUAUAAUCUUAAUAAAAUAAAUCUAUUUAAUUUGCAUGAAAUAA